CACUAGAGUUUUAUCAUCUACGGAUUCUGAAGCUUUCGGGGCGGUCUUCAAGGGACUCUCUGCGUACAAUAUUCUACAUGCUGAAGAUUUCUCCUAAUAUAAAGGCUCUUUACCUAAGCUUAGGACCACAGGAUUCUUCCGAUCCAGUGUGUCCAUUUUAUCAUGAGUUAAAUUCAGAAGACAUACAAGCUUUGCCAUGCUGCAUGAUAUAUCACCUGAAGUUUGUGAAGAUUAAAUAUCUAAGAGGAAGUGUCAAUGAACUAAAGUUGCUUGCGAGUUUGUUGAAGCAUGCCAUGGUCUUGGAGAAAGUCAUGCUGUACAGCCUUUGUAUUAAUAAGAAUUUUAUAGAAGGAAAAAAGAAAGAAAUGGAGAAAUUUUGUGAGAUGCUGCUAACAUUUCCUAGAGCUUCUAGAAAUGCCGUGAUAAAGUACUCGGUUACUCCAUGUUUCCCCAAAAAGUGACGGAGUCUUGUAAACCGUUUGUAUCUUAAUUUCUUUGCCUUAUCUUUGUUAAUUUCUCAAUUAAGCUCGUUCGUGUUUCUGUAAACCUCUUGAAGUUCUAUAACUGUUUGUUUCUUUGUCUAUUUUGACAUAAAUUAGCAAUCCUUCUAUAAACUGAA